AUGACGGCCCGGGUCGGAUGGAGGUCCUCAGUGGCCUUUGUGACGGUGGUUGUGGUCCAACGAUGGUCGUCGAUCCUCCUCGCAUCCUAUGGUGGUUCCAUCCUGUUUGGAUCGUUGCUAUUCGGCUGGGUUGGCGACCGGACAAAAGCCAAGCAGGUCCCAUUCCUGCUGGGGAUGAUAGUGGUGGGUGGCGCGACAGUGCUCUUCUCUCUCACAAAGACGCUAUCCCUGGUCCUCCUCGCACGGCUCUUGCAGGGGCUGUCCACAGCCAUCGUCUUCACGAUUGGCUUCAGCCUACUGCUCGAAACAGUCGGCAGCAAACACAUCGGGCGCGCCGUCGGGUUCACCAGCAUGAGCCUGAGCCUGGGUCUCUUCGGCGGACCGAUCAUCGGCGGCUUCGUCUACGACCGCGCAGGCUACUUCGCGGUGUUUGUGCCGGCUUUCGCCCUGAUCUUACUGGAAAUCAUCCUGCGACUGCUCCUACGGCCGUGUCCCCCGGUUCGACAUAGUAAUGACCCCGACGAGAAUGAACCCCUGCUUCCAGACACAGGAGAUACAGACACACAGACUGCAUCCGCAGCCACCGCACCAAGCAUUCUCCUCCGCACGCCCCGCUUCCUGGUAGCCAUGUUAGGCAUGUGUCUCCUCAACACCUUCAUGACAGCCUUCGAAGCCGUCCUCCCCGUCUACCUCCGCUCAACCUUCCACUACAGCCCCAACCAAAUCGCCAUCGUCUUCCUCUCCAACACGCUUCCCAUGGUACUCUCCCCGCUCAGCGGCGCCGUCGUAGACCGCAUUGGGCCCUUCUGGCCGGCCGUAGGGGGGUUCGCCGUGGCAGGCCCGAGCAUGAUGCUUCUUGCACUAGUCCAGCACAACAGCACGACGAGCUCGCUUCUGCUGCGCGUGUUUCUGUUCCUCUUUGGCUGCGGUGUUUCUAUGGCUAUGCCGGCGGUGAUGGCUGAGAUUAGCAUGGCGACGGAGGCGGUCGGGGCGCGCCAUCCGGGUAUCUUUGGUCGUUAUGGUGCGUAUUCGCAGACCUAUGGGCUGAGCAAUGCUGCUUUUGCGGGGGGUACGUUGGCGGGUCCCCUGCUGGGAGGGUAUAUCAGUGAGUGGGCUGGGUGGGGUGUGAUGGUUGCCGUUCUGGGAGGGUUGAGUUUGGGGAUGGUGGUGUUGGUGGUUGUCUUUACUGGGCGAGAGGCUGUCCUAUUGACAAGAGAUGAAUCGUAG